GAGCCCUGCGCACCCCGGACUUGCACCGCUCCGCAGCCUGCCCAGCCCGGGUCCCGGCGGCCGAGGAUGGAGCAACCGCCUCAGCAGCGCCCUGGCGCCCAGACGGUCACCACCACCAGCAGCUCCUUCAUCGCCAGCUUCUCCCCGGCCGGCGCCAGCACCAGCACCCUCGCCUACGACAGGGAGUUCCUGCGAACCGCGCCCGGCGUCCUCAUGCUGGCCGAGAUCGUGCUAGGGCUGCUGGUAUGGACACUGAUCGCUGGAACAGAGUAUUUCCUGUAUCCUGCCUUCGGCUGGGUGAUGUUUGUAGCUGUAUUUUACUGGGUUCUCACGGUCUUCUUUUUGAUCAUCUACAUGACAAUGACCUACACUAGGAUUCCCCAGGUGCCAUGGACCACGGUGGGUCUAUGCUUUAAUGGAAGUGCCUUUAUUUUGUACCUCAUUGCUGCCAUUGUAGAUGCAUCUUCAGUUACCAAUGAGCAGAACAGCCACAAUUACAACAGCUGGGCAGCUUCUUCAUUCUUCGCCUUUGUGGUUACCUUCUGCUAUGCAGGAAAUGCCUAUUUUAGUUUUAUAUCUUGGAGAUCACGGACCUCACAGUAAAUAUUUUGUUUAAAAAAAAAAUUGUGGAUAUAAGAUCUCAGGAGGAUUGGACUAUGUGACCGAAAGGUUAGGGUUUUGUAUACUAUUUUUCAUUAGAAUUGAUGAAAAAUUAUUUAAGCUGUAAUUAAAAUGGAUACUUAUUUAUAAUAGUCAUUACUAAAGGCAAUAGUAUAACAGAUUUUCUCUGUAUUGUAUGAUAAAGUAGUACAACUAGCAGAAUUUCAUGCUGUCUUUCAUCUUUUAAAAUUAACAUGAUAUUUUCCUAGAAAUUAUAUAGCUAUAGUAAUUAAGCUGCUAAUAAAACCUACCCAGAUGAUGUGCCAAUUUUUUCAAAUUUAACUAUUUUUAAAUGUCAUGGCUGUACUUUCUGAAUACAUGCCACAAAAUAAAAAAUGAAAUUUUGA